GACUUUGACAAGUGACGUAACGUUAAUAAUGAAUGUUUACUAAUGAAAAUUGAGGUUAAUAAGUAUGAAUCUUUUUAUAAAAAUAAUUUUUAUAUUUAAUUUUAAUCUGGUACUUUCUUAUGAUGGUACAGUAACUGAAGAAUUAUUAAUAAAACCUCUUCCUAGUCAACAAAUCUAUAAUUAUUUUCAAUUUUCCACGAAAUGGGAUAUAGAUCCCGAUACAGAAACAUUUCGUCAUAGUCCAUUAUUUCCACGACCCAUUGGAGAAUUAAUACAAAGAUUCGAAAUACAAGAGUUACAUAUAUCCCUCACAUCGGGUUUAUGGAGGUACGAAAAUUGGGGUUAUCCGGUAGAAGACGCCGCUACUGGAGCCGAAGUUUGGGUGUGGUUCAAACCUAGUGUUAUAGAUGUUGAUAAAAAUUGGAAACUUCUCGCUAAUUCCUUAUCAGGAUUACUUUGCGCUUCUCUAAAUUUUAUCGAUAGUUCUAAUACUGUCAGCCCCCAAUUUUCGUUUAGACCAAAAGGUAUCGUUGAAUCUACUAACCAAAUAAAUAAUUCUUUCAUAAGAUAUGCUUCUUUACCUCAAGAGAUUGUGUGUACAGAAAAUUUAACACCGUGGAAAAAACUGUUACCUUGUGAUUCAAAAACCGGUUUGGCGUCGUUGCUAACUUCGGGGUACAUACAUAAUACCAGAUAUCAUUCAUUAGGUUUACAUUUACGUCCUAUUUGCAGAAAUAAAAAUUGCGAAUCUUUAUCAUUGGAAUUAAAACAAACAGUUUCACUUGUUUACGACUAUCUUAUAUUAGGAACUAAAAAUUGGUCCUUGAGAAAAUUGUUCGGUCAAGGAAUCAAUAAAAAAUGUAUUCUUGUUAGUAAAAGUGAAAUUUACGUGGAUACCACAAACCAAAAUGUGGAAUUAGAACCUAAUCCAGAUGAGAUUAUAACUUCUAUUCGCGGAGGACAAACAAGUGUACUUCAAAAAUACCAAAUUUCCGAUAAAUUUUUAAAUAUAUACGCGAAAUACCCAAAUGAUGACAUUGUAUCUGUAAAUAUACCUCCCCCACUUUACGCCCAUCGAUAUUUAUCAGGUUUCGGUCAAGAAAGGGGAGGUAUAGUGACUAAAAUCGUAAAUAACCAUUGGGGGGAAUUAGACGUGGUUUUAAUGCAGAAUAUACCGUGGUUUAUACCGAUCUACCUCCAUACUUUGAAAGUUGUUGCGAACGGUAACGAAAUCAAACCGUUAGAAUUAACUUACGUACCAGCAAGACAGAGACAAAGACCCAAUUAUUUGGAAGUCUUAUUGAGACUACCACCUCGUUCAUCCACUACCGUCGUCGUAGAUUUCGACUACGUUUUUCUUAAAUGGCAAGAAUACCCCCCCGACGCUAACCUAGGUUUCUAUAUAGGUUCGGCGGUUAUUUCCUGUUACCUACCUGUAGCCAGAAAUUAUACGGGUGUACCUCAAGACGGAACACUCAUUUCGGAUAGUUUUAACGCUUCAAGGAGUGGAUAUUUAGUGCAAGUUCGUACGGAAAAUAUCGUAAUAACAUUACCGACGCCGGAUUUUAGUAUGCCCUACAAUGUCAUCUGUUUGGCGUGUACUGUAGUCGCUUUAGCUUUCGGUCCGAUGCAUAACAUCACUACGAAGAAACUCGUGUUGAAAUCGAAGAAAACCGAAUCAUUGGUAGAGAAAGCUAAGAAAUUGUUGGCAAAAAUUAAAAAAUAAUGGUAAAUAUUUUUUUUGCGAUAAGACUGAUUUGUGGUUAUUAAUGGAUUAUUGAAAUAAAACAGUUUUUUUUUGG